AUGCCUCAAGCUUACUUAACCUUAUCCUUCGCCAACCCUCCCUUCUUCGUCCUGCACCACAGGUCUCAUCGUCAUUCCCCCUUCUUCACCCUCUCUUCAAAACAGAGGAGCUCGCUUUUCUCCGAACACCACAAAGGUAACAUUUUUCUUCUUCAAGUCUUUUCUUUCUUCCAUGGAGAACCUCGAGCAAACUCGCGCAAAGUUAUAGCCUUUAACAGGGACAGCGAACUACCCGCGAAGCAAGAAGUCGAAUUGGUUGAUGGGGUUGACAAAAAUGCUCGCUUUUCUCAAUUCGAAGAGUCCCGUAAUUCUAGGGUUUUCGAGGAAGCGGAUGAAAACGAUGAAUUUUCCGCGAAAACCCGAGAAUUUGAAAUCAAAGAAAAUGUCGCUUUAUUGGAUUUUGAAGAACUCGGAGUUGCUUAUAAAGAAGAUACCUGCUCACUGGACGAGAAUAAAAAUUUUGAAUUAGACGUUUCCAAUGCCGUUGAGAAAUUUGAGGGAAUUCAACAAAACGAGAAAGAUUUGGGGAAUUUAUAUGCAAAAGAUGGGUUUUUUAUGGGUUUGGGAAGGAAAGGAAAUAGAUUUAAUGUAGUUGAUCUUGUCAAGAAGAUCAUAAGUUUGCCAGAUGAGGAAAGCGCCAAAGUUCUUGAUCUUUUUGACUUUGAUGAUAAACAAUUCUCUGUUUCUGACUACAAUGACAUUCUCAUGGCUUUAGUAAAAGCCGGUGAAUACGAAUCCGCUGAAGCUUUGUUCUCCGAAUUUUCAUCUCAGGGAUUGUCUCCAGAUUCUCGGUCACUAUCAACAAUGAUACAGUGUUUUCUUAAGAAGAACAAUCCGGAAAAAGCAAUGGAGGUUUUGGAUGUAAUGUUGCAGAAGGGAAUGCACCCAAAUAGUUACACAUUCACUGGUUUAAUUAGCUGUCUUUGCAAGAAAGGAAGAUUGAAGAAGGCUUAUGAGGUUUUUGACAUCAUGGGUAGGGUUGGAUGUGAACCCACACUCAGGAACUACAACUCUUUGAUCUAUGGACUAUGCUAUGUAGGUAAGGUUGAGGAAGCUUUGCAGUUACUGAACAAGUUGAAGAAGUUUAAAGAAGGUCCUGAUAUCUAUUCUUUCACCUUUGUCAUGGAUGGGUUCUGUAAGGUUUGGAGAACUGAUGAUGCCAAGGAACUACUUGAGGAAGCUCUGAAAUUGGGUCUAACUUCAACUAAUGCCACUCACAAUUGCCUUAUCAAUGGAUAUUGUAAAGAGGGCAGGCCUUUGAAAUCCUUUCAUCUUUUGAAAGAAAUGGAAGGGUAUAAUUUCAUGCUGGAUAUUACUAGUUAUAAUUCAUUGUUCUUGGGGCUUUUAAAAUGCGGCGAGAUUCAUGCAGCUUUAUGGACUUUUAGGAAAAUGAGGGAGGCUGGUUUUCAGCCAGAUGAUCAUGCCAUGAACAGGCUUAUAAGAGAUCUUUGUAAUGGUGAAGAAUUGAAAGAAGCUAAAGAACUUUUUGAAGAGAUUAAAGAUAAGGAUUUUGGGCUAUCAACUUAUACUUAUUGCUUGCUGGUUCAGGCGCUUGCUGAAGGGGGAGAGAUUGAUACAGCAAUAAGUUAUUUGAAGAAAAUGAUUGAAGAUGGGCAUUCUCCAAGGGUAAUGACUUACAAUGUAGUCCUUUGUAUUUUAUGUGGUGAUGGUAGGGUAGAUGAUGCAUUAGGUGUUCUAAGCCUUAUGAUUAAUAGAGAAACCAUGCCUAGUAAGUUUUCACUUAGCAUCUUGAUUGAUGAGUUUAACAGACAAGGGAGAUUGUUAGAGGCUGCUGGAGUAUAUUCUGUGGCUAUUAAACAAGGACUUGCCUCCAAUCAUAAGCCUAGAAGAGACUGGAUAUAUAAGAAAAUAGUUUCUUAUUCCUUACAAUUAGGGACAGUAGAAUAG